GCUUCCUGACCCACCAUUUUCGCGCUCCUGGCGGCGUUCUCGGUCUGAUGCCGAAGGCAGUUAGUUCUGUUGGAGCGCGUGUCUGGGAACCCAACGGUCGGCAAGGGGUUUUAGAAAACGUGUGAGGAAAGGGCUCAGAACUGAGGAUAACCUGCCGCAAACCCAUCUUUACUGUAGGCAGUAUUUAUGAAGCCAUUGGGCGUUAAAAGCAGAUGCCAGAAAUCCGACUGAGGAAACGGGUUGGCUCUAGUUCAGACAGCUUGAACUGUGUCUGCGAGCUCACCAUCUGCACCAGUUACGAAAGCAGUGACGUUCGAGUGUUAUCAGGUUCUUGAACGGAGUGGCUAGACCUGAUUUUUCCUUCCGCCAGACACUCCAACCCCGCCCCGCCCCCCCCAGCACCGUCCCCCUCCCAAUCGCAUGCUUUUUUUGCCCUAGCGUUCAGCACCCUUUUCUUUCCCGAUUCAUCCGAUGUCAUUUCAAUCAAUAGCAUUCAUAUAUAAUCACUUUCUCAUGUAUAGGCUCACACAACUAAAAUCGAACUUUUAGCUUUAGAUGAGAAUUUUGACUUUCCACUUAAUUACACUGUUCUUUUGCCUUGAUGUUAAUGACGGGUUAUAACUUUCUUCUUCUCGGUGGUGUGAAGAGUUAAUGUGCUGGGUUGCUAACCAAAAGCUUGGGGGGUUUAAUCUACUCAAGUGCUUCAGAAAAAAGGCCUGGAGAUUUCCAGAAAUCCAGCCGUUGAGAAUUUAGGAUUUCCUGGAACACAUGGAGUUAUGACAGCAGAAAGUGGUGGUAGUGGUAGAAACUUGGGUUGAAAGUAGCACUGUUAAAGAUUUGAGGACAAACCAGAGGAAGCGCCUCAGAUGACCAUGUACAACUGGAUUAAAAUUAAACAGAUCUCUGAAAUGUUUCCUGAACGUCCUCAAAUGACACCCUCUGAUCACAUCCCUAGAAGACAUUCUCACGAGAGCCAGGAAUUCCGGUGCCAGAUCCACGUGAAGAAUUACAGGAAAUGCUCUGGAGAUGGAUCAUUCAAGGAGCCACUGGGAACAAACAGAAGAGCUCAUUCUCUGAGUCAGGGAGGUUCAAAGUCCUUUGAACAGCAAUUGUGCUUUAGAACCAAACGUGCUGUCUCUUUGGGACCUGAGAGCAAAAAGGAACUAGAUGAACGAGCGCGCUUGAGGAUGGAAAUGAGAGCCUGUAAGCAAGUUGAGGGAAAAAGAAAGUCUGGGAAGAAGGAACACGGAGAAGCAUACCUCCCCCCCAGUGAGACACGGAGGAGCAUACCUGCCCCCCAGUGGAACACGGAGAAGAAGCAUACCUGCCCCCCAGUGGGGCACAGAGAAGCAUACCUGCCCCCCAGUGGGACACGGAGAAGCAUACCUGCCCCCCAGUGGGACACGGAGAAGCAUACCUGUCCCCCCCGUGGAACAUGGAGAAGCAUACCUGCCCCCUAGUGUAAAAGGGUCCUGAAUAGCGAUUUGUGUGUACAUCACAACCACAGGUACUACUUUGUCUUUUGAGCCUCAGCACACAACGCUGGGAGCUAGGGAGUGUACAAGGUGUCUACAGAUGCUGACUGACAGAAGUGGAUGGUCAGUACCAUCACUGCUCAAAAUGAUUUCCAUCAUACUCCAACUACUUCUGGGAUUCUUAGUCAAGAAUGUCAUCUGCUUUGUUGCUCUUCUAUGGGAAUAAGGUGAAUCAAAGAAUAAAAUGAAAUAAUUCUUGAAAAAUAUGUAGAGUGAAUCAUCAACCCUCAUUUUUACCAACCCUCUUCCACAUCAGUUUAGCAAAUAAUCUCAAAUAAAAGCCAUGGUGACCUGGCCAUUAACAUGCCAAGCUUUGUACUGAUUGUUUGAAUGCAUCACCCCAAGUAAUCCUCACCACUUUGAGGUGGGACCUACUGAUUGCCUCACUUUCUGCCUGAGGAAACAGAAUGUUAGAAAAAUUCAGUAAUUCACUGGUGUGGUGGCAGAAGUAGGGACCUAGUCCAGUUUUCUCUGAUGCCAGGGUUCAUGCUCCUAACCUGAGGCAAGAGCCUAGAUUCCCUUUAGAAAUUGCCCUGAUUGGGGCUUAAGUGGAGAGCAAAUGUUUUGAGAAUGAUGAGGGCAAUGAAUGUACAAAUGUGCUUUACACAAUUGA